CAUCCUAAAAAAAAAAAAAAAAGUGUAUGUGUGAUUUAUUAAAACACACUCUCCUCUAGCUUGCUGCGAAAUCGCAUCAAACACAGGAGUCUGAAAGGGGGUAAACCCGGCGAGCUGAUAUCAGAAUCGAUUUUUUUAGUGCAUGAGUAACUGAAAAUCAUUUUUCUGAUUAAACUUAAGUUAGGGAUUUCACGUUACGCUAUUCGUACGUUCGGCACGACAGCGUCGGUCGAAAUGGACGUGGACCCUGUUUCCGUCUCGACAGAUGCAGGUUCUGAUGCUCCUUCUCCUGCCUUUCCAGUAGUUUUAAGGAAAAUCAUGGCUAUUCCGCCACCGAAUCUUCUCGAAGGCGAUGAAGAAAAUGAUAAAGAGAAAGUCUUUGAGGAUGUGGACUCUGGAGGGGUCAGUGGAAUGGGACCAUCAGCUGCCUUAACACCUGCCAUCUGGGAAAAGACCAUUCCCUAUGAUGGCGAGACCUUCCACCUAGAAUACAUGGAUCUGGAGGAGUUUCUCAUGGAGAAUGGCAUUCCUGACGCAGAGGAUGAGGGCCUGCAAAAGAUUCUUGCGAAAGAAAACUCACAGCUUAAAACUGAAAAAUCGUCCACGACCUCUACGAGCAAGACUGAGCCGGCGGUCUCUCUUAUGCCAGUCAUGGAGCUGGAUCAGUGUGAGGAGGAAGUGGUCUCAAUCACGGCAUCCAGCUCUAGCUCAACAGACACCAAAUCAGAUGAGGAGCGUGUGACGCCAGAGCCCAUUAAUCCAGAUGAUAUCGAGGUAGAGGUCCCCUAUGAGCCAGAUCCCACAGACCUUGUGCUGUCCAGCAUACCUGGAGGUGAACUGUUCAACCCUCGCAAACAUCGCUUCUCCGAGGAGGAGCUGAAGCCUCAGCCUAUGAUCAAGAAAGCAAAGAAAGUGUUUGUGCCUGAGGAACAGAAGGAUGAGAAAUACUGGCAGCGGAGGAAGAAGAACAACGUUGCAGCCAAACGUUCACGCGAUGCCAGGCGCCUAAAAGAGAAUCAGAUCACAGUACGAGCAGCCUUUCUGGAGCGAGAGAACUCCGCUUUGAGACAGGAAGUGGCAGAGCUGCGCAAGGACUUCGGGCGCUGCAAGAACGUUGUGGCACGCUAUGAAGCCAAAUACGGACCACUUGCACCGGCUGAAGACUUCUAAGCAUUUAUUGAUUUAUUUGCAUUUAUGAAAGGCAAUAAAUUAAUAAUGGUGAUGAUUGAAGAGGAGAAAACAGGAGAUAAAUGAUUAUGAUUCAAACUGUACACCUAAGUGAUAUUCAUGUUCUUAAAAAAUCCUGUCAACCUCUAUUAUCAACAUAUCCCCUUCAUUUUAAUCUUACUUCAGUUCAAAAGCACACCCAUGUAUAUCUAAUGGAGCUUUUAAAGUCUUUUUUGUAAUGCACCAAGGUAAAAGAGGUCUUCCCUCUCUUGUUCUUGUUUUAUGACAAGUUUUGUAAUAUCAAGGUAGUUUUAGAAAAUAAUGUGCAUUGGAAGUCUUUAGUCAUAAAGAAUGACUGGCAUUGAGAAUUCAAUAUACUUUAUGUAUCUUUACUAUGUUUAUCUUUGACGACUGAAAAAUGACAUUAAUUCUAAGAAUUCCUUUGGCAAAUUUGGUACAGGGUACCAAUUGGUGCAUUUUGCCUGCAAAAGUAGAAACGAGAUGCCAUUAUUGAAAUACGGCGAGAAUGUAUCAUUACAGAUAACUGUUAAAAUGGGGGAAAAAAACGUAAGCAGGAAUUGUAAAUGUGUAUAUAUAUAUUUUUUUGUGCUACAAAAUACUUUUUUGUCUUACUGUCAGCGAGUGUUGGAAUUAUGUGCUCUGUAUAUCUGUAAAACUUUAUAUAUAUAUAUAUAAAAAAUCUGUAUAAAAUUAUAUAUAUUUAGAUCUGGUUUAGAUUAAAUGUCUUUCAUAUUAACAUAUUAGAUCCUCUAAAAUCCUACCUUGUUUACUUCACCAUGGUCAUUUGCCCUUUAUGGGAGUCAUAGAGGUCAGUUUAUGUACAGAAAUAACACCGUACAUGUGACGGAUCUUGUAUCUGCUUAGAACUUAGAAAAACAAAUGAAGUGCUGUUAUAGUUUUUCAUAUGUAUCAUAUGUAUAUUUUCUUCAAAUAACUUCAAAUAUUUUACAAAAAUGGCUUUGCAUUGUGAACUACACCAUUCAGAGCUCACAGUCAAUAUGAAUCCAUAAGUGACUUCAGCAGAGCGCCUGUUUAUAAAGAGUGCCUAGUGUUACUAUCACAAACCAAACUCAAGCAACUUCACUCUUAUGGUUUUAUAACAUAUCUUAUCACAGAAGUUUCUCUGUGUUAUCCAUUCAUUGUGUGAAGUGGAAAUUAGGCUGACUUUUAUUACAAAGUUUAAUUUAGCAGUACUCACACAAUGUGCCCAUAUUUGUCCAUUUUCAGGUGUUUUGUGGAAAGAGAAUAUCAUAUGUAAUGAAAUCUUGACAAAAGCUCAAUUUCAUCGAACACUGAAUAACAGGUGUUAAAAUUUUUCAUAUUUGUGGUCUGUAGGUGCUUUUUAAAAGAGCAAAUCCAGUUUGUAAUUUUUCCUUGAGCUUCCUUUCUGAUGAACUAGAAGAAAACUCAGUUGCAUGAAUGUGAGAUGCCAAUUUUGUUGCAAUAACAAAUCUUUGUUUAUUCAGAUUUUAAUGUUUUACAAAUUGCUACUGUUCUUUUGGGAGGAAUGAAUUCUCUUUGUGAGUCUUACAAACGUUUUUUUGACUUGUAGAUGUUGUCUCAGCGUCUUGUUGUGUUGUACAUAUUAUUAAAGAAUUCAAAAACGG